CAAAGUCGUAUUGUAUUGAACAUGUUACAUGUUCUCUGGACGCACUGGUGUUGUGCUGGUCCAGUGUGUGGUAUCUGAGCACUGAGCUAGAGAGCGGUUAUACACUCUGUUUCUGUUAAUAAACAUUCAUAUCUUUGUACACGAGAAUAGUACAGAAAUGUCCGAUCUUAAAUCAUAACAAAAACAUGCUUUAAAAAAACCCGCAUGUUUUUGUUUGAGUAACAUGACGUCACAGGCGCCAGUCAAUUCAUUGACUGCAGACAGAAAAACGCGCAAAUGGAAUCAACGGCUUGUUAUCGUCCGGAAUUUGACUCAAACUUUGUUGUGCAAGAACACGUUGGCAAGAAGAGAAAUCUGAUGGAGGUUCCUUACGAAAGACCCGAGGAGCAGUUGGUUAAAAGGAGGAGAUCAGAGUCAGGAGAGAAGAACGUGGAGACCAUCAAGCCUGAGACCAAUGUAGAGGCAUCCUCCACUGUCACAAGGAGAGUCGGCGAGGAGAAUCCUUUGAAGAGAAAGUGCAUGGAUGUUUCUCAAGGACCUGAAGGGACAGGAAAAAGGAGGAGAUCAGAGACAGAGGAGAACUAUAAGAAGAUGAAAGACAUGUUUUUAAAGCGCUACGCAGUGGGACGUAUGCUAGGACGUGGAGGCUGCGCUUCCGUCUGCGCAGGGGUCCGGAAGUCAGAUGGGAAAAAGGUGGCGCUGAAGAUCAUGUCCAAGAUUAUAAAUGACAAGUACAUCACAGUUCCCGGUGACACACGCAGACUCCCCGCUGAGGUGGCGCUUUUGGAACUGGUGUGCAAACCGCCACGCUGUCCGUAUGUGAUCGAGCUGCUAGAUUGGAUCGAGACGCCCGCAGGCAUCGUCAUCGUCUUGGAGAAGCCAGACCACUGCAUCGAUCUCUUCGAAUUCUGUAGGCGUGUGACCGUGACCGAAAAUAUGGCUAAAAUCAUCAUGCGGCAAGUCAUUCAGGCUGCACGUCACUGCCGUGCCCGGGGUGUGUUCCACAGUGACAUCAAGGAAGAAAAUAUUCUCAUCAACCCUCACACCCUUGAAGUCAAGCUCAUUGAUUUUGGCUGCGGUGAUCUACAUAAAGACACUCCCUACACUGAAUGUGCAGGCACGCCGAUUUACUUCCCUCCUGAAUGGCUAACCGAAAAAAAGUACGAGGCGGAACCCGCUACUGUCUGGGGUCUGGGUGUCCUCCUGUACAGCAUGCUGUGUGGACGCAUGCCGUUUAACAGCCCACACCAGACUGUUUAUGGCCUCCAAUGUUUCCCAGAUCGUCUGUCUAUAUCUUCCUGUAGUCUGAUCAACUGGUGUCUACAAAAAGACCCAAAAAGACGUCCAACACUAGAGCAGGUGAUUGCACACAGCUGGGUCCGACAUCACACUGUUGCCCCCUGCUGCAGAGCCCCCCUGGUUCUAAGAGGAAUGACUCCAGUACUACAGAUUCAUUAGGAAUUCAAAAGAAUUAUUGUAUUUACAUUUUAAUUACUCAUGUAUUAAAUUGACUUUGUAAUAUAUUUUUAUUUUCUGAUCAUUGUGACUUUGACUUUUGAUUAUUUAUUUAUUUAUUUAUAUAUUUAUUACUUUUGAUGAUUUUUUUUUUCACUUUUGAUUUUCUGACUCUUUGAUGAUUUUCUUUUCUUGAUUUUUGAUCAUUGUGUAAGAAAUAAAAAAAGUGACACUUUUUUACCUUACACCUUACAUUACACUUGUAAAUAAAACCAAUGUAGUUCUGUCA